GACGAAAUCCGGAACCCAAUGACCAACGGGUUGCCCAAGGAGCUCAAGCGCCAGGCAGCAGAUAUAUUCAAGAUGAUUCAGACGUACAUGGGAGACCGAACGUCGCACAAAUACGUACCCGAACGUGAUGAGAUGAGAGAGGUGGUGAGGCUCUCCAAGCUAGCGUACGAGCACAAGCCGCUGCGGGAUGAAGUGUUCGUGCAGGUCUGCAAGCAGAUGACAAACAACCCCAAUGAAGAGAGUGUCAUCCGUGGUUGGGAGAUCCUGGUGAUGCUUCUGCAUGUCUUCCCGCCGUCUCACCUGUUUGAAGGCUACAUCGAGAGCUUUCUUUUCCAUCACACACUAC